AUGAACAGGUGGAGGUAUCUUUUUGACAUGGGCUACAGCAUGGAGCAGUGGAGCAGUGGUUUCGUGAACAUCCGGCCCCACGGUGAAGGCGUUCCAUCGAAAAUGCGGCCAGCAGUUGCUGCGGAGCUCUUUCAUCAGACGGCUGCCACUGAGUUGCGGGCUGUGGUGGCGCAUACUCGAAACAAGGAGGAACCGCCGCAGACCGCUUCUGGCCCGCCCCUGCCUGUGGCGAUGCCGUGUCGAGGUGCCUCAGGAUCGAGUCUCUUCUCUUCCGGCCCACCUGCCAUACCCGCGCAGGCACCCCUGGCUGUGGCGUAUGGCCAUCCGCAUGCAAAGGCUGCCCCGCUGAUUGUGAAGGUCUUUGGACAUCAGCGCCUGCCAAUGGGCAAGACCUUUGCUGUUCCGAAGGCGUCUGGUCGCAGCUUGCUCACCGGCCGCCCUGUUGUGCGCUCUCUGUCAGGGGGAGGCUGA